AUGGCAUCCGGUCACGCCACCGUCAAAGCUGUUCUAUCAGGCGAUACACUGGUGCUUAUGGGUGCAGCAGCUAAUGGUCCUCCUCAAGAGCUCAUGUUGACCCUAUCAUCGCUACAAGCGCCGCGUUUAGCCCGAUCGCCUGAGCAAAGCAACGAGCCGUACGCUUGGGCAAGCCGCGAACAUCUUCGCAAAUUAUGCAUUGGUAAGCAAGUGCGCUUUAAAGUGGAGUAUCGCGUUCCGUCUAUUAAUCGCGACUUUGGCUCCGUUUGGCUUCCGCCCAACGCUCGCAACGUCGAGGAGAAUUUAUGCGUGAUCCAAGCGCGUACAGGUUAUGCACGGGUCAAGACACUGGAACAAUCGCGAGAAGGCGUGUGUGUUGAUCAUGAAAAAAUGCUUCAACAAGAGCAAGUUGCAAUUAACGAGAAGAAAGGAAUGUACGCAGACGCGAACGCCGAGUCGAACGUAACAGUGCAAUGGCAUGGCGCAGACGCAGCAGCAUUACUCGAAGCACACAAGGGAAAACUGGUACCAGCAAUAGUAGAAUCUGUACGAGACGGUGCCUCGUUUCGCGUAAUACUAAAGCCAUCGUUACAACUGGUAAAUUUCGCACUAUCCGGUGUCCAAUGUCCGCGUAUGAAUCCGCCUAUGAACGCAGAAAGUAACACGAGCGUCACGACUGGACCAGCUCCCCAUGCACGUGAAGCCAAACACUUUUCAGAAGUACGAUUACUCCAUCGAGACGUCGAAUUGAAGCUCGAAGGCGUUGACAAAUUUGGCAACUUGUUUGGUAGUAUCGUGCACCCAUCUGGGCGUAAUAUUAGCGUUGAAUUACUGAAAAACGGUCUUGGACGAAUGGCUGAUUGGAGUUCGGCUUUUACUAGCGCAUCGGCACGUGCAACGAUGCGCAAUGCUGAAAAAGAGGCGAAACAACAACAACUGCGUGUGUGGAGAGAUUACGAAUUGCCUGUGCUACAGUCAGUGAAGCACGUAACUGGCACGGUCGUUGAAGUGAUAAGCGGUGAUUGUAUUGUUGUCUACGUGCCAACUGCUCCAACGCCGAUUGAGCAAGAGAAACGUAUUUACUUGAGCUCAUUGCGUGCUCCACGACUCGGUAAUGCUCGUCGUGGAGAGAUGAAUGCACCGUACGCAAUAGAAGCGAAGGAGUUUAUUCGCCAUCGUGCCAUUGCCAAGACUGUGCACAUUGAAGUUGAGUAUGAAAAACCUAGUCCAAAUGGUCAAGGAGAUAUCAUGACAUUUGCUUCGGUGUUUUUGGAGCCAUCAGCAAAUGCACUCAAGAAAAAUCCCGAAGCGAAGGGGGCAAAUCUUGCGUUGGAAAUUGUAGCGGCUGGCUUAGCCGAAGUAGUACGUCAUCGACCAGAUGAAGAAAAAAGUGAAUAUUAUGAUGACCUUGUCACAGCGGAGACGAAGGCUCAGUCACAAAAGAAGAAUUUGCACUCGACGAAGGAGCCACCUACUACCGAGCGCCGUGUGACGGACUUGUGCUUUGAUUCUACCAAGGCAAAACAAUUUUUGCCGUUCCUGACACGAGAACGCUCAACUCGUGCUGUCGUUGAGCACGUAUACUCAGCAACGCGAGUAAAAUUGUACGUGCCGAAGGAAAAUUGUCUGAUAAAUUUUGUCGUUGCCGGUAUCAAAUGCCCUCAACCUGCUCGCCAUGGUGCUCAAGGAGUCAUUGUGCAGCCUGCUGAGUCUCUUGGUGAAGAGGCCAAGCUGUUUACGAAGCGCAAUGUGAUGCAACGGGAAGUGAUGGUCGAAAUUGAAGACAUGGAUCGUGGCGGAAAUGCCUUCGGUCCAUUGUUUGUGGUGCCUCAAGACGGUGGCAAACCUUCGCGCGAUGAUGCGCACAAUUUUGGCGUCCGUUUGCUGGAUGAGGGUCUGGCGUGGGUAGAUUCAUUCAGUGUUGAGCGUACGGCUUUUGGAAACGUACUUCAGCGUGCAGAAGAGCGAGCAAAGGCGCAGAAGAAAAAUUACUGGGCUACGCAUGACGCUCUUGCUGCGGCAAAGGCUGCCGAAGCGAAGCAGGUGAAGACAAAAGACGACGUGAUUCCGCGUGUCAAACUGUCGGAAAUUGUCAACGGCACUCACUUUUACUUUCAAAAUAUAAGUGACCGCAAUUGUGCUGCGAUUGAGGAAAAAAUGAAGGCAUUCACGCGUACGCAUGGUCUCGCGGGCAAGACUUUUGAAGUUCGUCGAAACGCCGUGUGCGCUGCUCUUUUCGACGACGGCAACGGCUCAACGUGGAACCGCACCAAGGUGGAGCAUGUAAAUCAAGAUGGUUCCGCGCGCGUCCGCUUUUUGGACUAUGGAAACGAGACAACAGUAACGGUUAAUCAACUCCGUCCCUUGGAUGCUGACGCGCUUCAGUAUCCACCUCAAGCGAAAGAGGCUGUGUUUGCGUGGAUUAAGCCACUUGCUGCUACGGAGGAGUUUGGAGCUGACGCUGCCAUGCGCCUGGGCGAAGUCGCAUGGGGCAAGACGUUAUCGUGUCGGGUCCACAACGUUGACGACCACGGCCGUAAACAGGUUUCACUCUACUUGCCAGACGGCAAGAGUGUCGCGGAAUCACUGGUUGAGGCUGGUUUACUGCGAAUUGAUCGUAAGGCACUUCGGUUAUGCCUACCUUUCCAAAAACCAGUUGUUGAUGGGCUGCUAAACGCUCAGGAGAUUGCCAAGAAGCAGCGCCGUUGCCUGUGGCAAUAUGGAGAUAUUGAGUCUGACGACGAACAAGAUCCCUGA